GUAGGGACGAAAAUUCGAAAGAGGAAACAUGAAUCUCUUUGAAGGGUUUAGGCAGGGCUUUCAGCUAUGGCCGAGCAAGUCCCAGAAACGGAUUCCUUGUCCACCAAGAACGGCAAGAAGUUAAUCAACGACAGCUCUAGGCCCUGCAAAAAUCUAAAGCACAAUUUCAUCAUCGGAAAAGAUCCCAACUUUCGGAUCCUUUACCACCAGCGCCACUGAUGUUGAAGGCUAUCACAUCAAUUUCUCGCUACAAUUCAGCGUCGUCGGCUUAUAGCCACCAUGCCCGACCGUACAGAGAGUCAAGCUCUCCAUUGAACCGAGUUCUGAGUUCAAUCAGAAGCUCCAGACAGAAGGGGACCUACUUCUGCACACGUUUUUUCUGUUCGGACAACACCAAUGGGCCCGACCCAUUGGAAAAGGUUGAAGUUGAGGGGGCUGCUGAGGCUACGAAUUCGGCUGCCAUGGUUCCCACUGUGUUUCGGCCUGAAGACUGUCUAUUGGUUAGCUCUAUGCGGGUCAUUUGAAAUUGUGUGCUUGAGCGUGUGAAUUCUUCUUGUAUCCAUGCAUUCAAUGCUAAUAUUCCUGAAAUUACAUUGUCUCUGGAUUUUAGUAAAAGAAAAAUAUGAAAGCCUGUUGAUGAUUCCAUAAGCUCAUUUGCUCAAAGAAAGAUAAAGAGAAUGGGAACUGAGGAUAUUGUAGAAAAAUAACAACUUUUUCGAUAGUUGAUACUCUGUAUUAUAAGCUCAAAUAGCAGUGUGGAAAAUAAGGGUAUUGAAUAAAACUGAAAUCUUUAUCCUUCAAUUUUUGAACCCUUCCUCUCAUUUUGGAUUUUUUAUAACAUUGACCUUUAUAUCGAUCUUUAAGCUGCUGAAUGACUGCCAUUGGAUGAAUGGGAAUUAAACAGAAUCAUAUGGAUCUAAUGCUACUAUGCAGUAGCGUACCGUGUUAGGAUAAUGUGAUACAAAAUUUAGCUGCUAAUUGAGUUUCAUAAUAGGUUGGUUGAGAAGAUGAAAAUGUAGUGAGGUUGGUUGGGUUGUAGAGUGGCUUCUUAAUUCAAUCUUCAGUAUAAGUAGGGAGUGGUAAUUAUGACGUGAAAUUGGUUUUCACAUAAGAAGAAUGUAAGGUGCAACUUAAAAUGACACCGUAUCUAUAACAAUUACUCCCUUCGCCCCAAAAUGUCCUUCUCCAUUGUACUUGACACACUUAUUGGGAAAGUAAAAUUGUAUGCUUGUCGUUGAUGUAAAAAGAAGAGAAAUAUUAUUACAAUUACUCAAAUCUUUCCUUAAAGUUAAAUGCUGGCAUCUCUUUAAAGGUGUUUUUAAAUUUUGUUAUGUGGUAUCAACCAACGCGAUCUGUUUAAUUGAAAUCUUCUACAAAACCUCCAUCAGGACAAGUAUAUCUUUUUUUCAUAUUUUAACAGCCCAUCUGAUUUCAUGACUGGUCCUUUAAGGAUACAUUCCUUUAAUGUAUUAGAAUCUGUAGCCUGUACAGUGUACAUCACAUAUUCUGUUUUGUGAAACUGCAGCAUAUAGGAGAUUUUAAUUAUGCACGAUUAGCAGAUUUUGUAGCAACAAUAUCUGGGGCUAACAAACUGCAUUGCCAACAAGUUCUUGAAGAGCUUGAUGUGCACAACCGCCUAAAGCUUACUUUGGAAUUAGUGAAGAAGGAAAUGGAUUUAAGUAGGAUCCAAGUAUGGCUUUUGCACUGAUGGAUAUCGAAUAUGCAUUAUAAGUUUCAUUAAAAAUCAUUUUUAUUCUCACAUGGAAACAAUAGGAAAGGCUUGUGAAGAAAAAAUAAGUGAGGAGCAGCGUUGCUACUUACUAAAUGAGCAAUGGAAGGCCAUAAAGAAAGUAGGAGGUUUAAGUCGUGAAUUUUUAAAUUGAACUUAGAAGUCGUAUUGGCAUACAAUUUUUCUUAUAAAUUACUUAGUUUUCAAGUUGGCAUAAUUUAUACCUUAUCUAAUGCAGGAACUUUCUCAAAAAAAAAAAAUCUAAUGCAGGAACUGGGGCUGGAGACUGAUGACAGGACAGCUCUAUCCGGUUUGUAAUCUUCUAGUCCUGCUACAUAUGCAUACUUGAGAAUCGUAGGGAACAUGAUUUUGGCAUAAACCCAUUUGUCUGUUAUGAAGCCUGUAAAGGGAUGAACAAAAACCAUCAAACCGACCAAAAUCGAAACUAUAAAAAUGUAACCAAACUUAACCGAAACCAACCAAAUCAUAAGAGGCUUCGUUUAAGGUUUAUUCUUUAAAAACAUAUAAAGGUAUCCAAAACAAACCUAAACCGACUUAAGUUACUUGGUUUGGUUCUCGGUUUUGCAUUUUUCAUGAUCAAACUAACAAAAUGCCGAACUGAUUAAACCAUGAUAUUAGCAUGUCUCAUGCUAGGGCCAUGUGGAAGGAAGAGGAAUUCUUAUUUAAUUGUCUGGGUUGUCACACUAGCAACAUUAAAAUUCCCAAAACAGAUUUCCUUUCCCCCCUCCAUUUACAUUUUUGAGGAUCGGAUUAUACUUGAAUGAUUAUAAUGUUUGCAGUACAGUUGCUUUUCCCGAACUCGGAAACAAACGGGACUCCGGAAACCCGUUUACCCACAGAUCAUAUUCUGAAAUCCACCGUUUCAGACCUCAUCGCGAAGCAACACUGGUCCAAACUCAGAAACCUUAUUAAUCCCGCUGACCCGACAGGCUUCAUUCUACAUUUAUUCCAACCCGGGUUCAGUUCGGAUGCCAUUUUCUCCUUCUUCAAAUGGUCCCAGGCAGCUUAUAAAGUUUCUUACCCUCCUCAACUUUUAUGCAAACUACUAGUCUUGGCUGCAAAAGAAAAGAGAUAUCCAACGGUGAGAUCUUUGCUACACUCCUUCGUUAAAGGUGGGAAAAUCCACUCAGUUUCGUCUUUUUUUCAUGAAUUGUUGACCUGUAGUGAUGAAUACCAUCUCAACUCUAUCAUUGUUGAUAUGUUGAUAUUGGCUCUUGUCAAUAAUUCGAAAGCUGAUUUUGCUUUAGAGACGUUUAAGCGUGCUGGAGAUUAUGGGUUUACAUUGUCUGUUAAUUCAUGUAAUCCGCUUUUGCAUAUGUUGGUAAAGGAGAAGAAGACUGGGGAAAUUGAAUUCCUGUACAAGGACAUGCUUAGGAGGAGGAUUGCACUUAACUUGUUCACAUUUAAUGAGGUGAUUAAUGGGCUGUGUAAGGAAGGGAAGUUGAAUAAGGCUAAAGAUGUUAUGGAAGACAUGAAGAUUAGGGGAGUUAUGCCGAAUGUGGUUACUUAUAAUACAUUAAUUGAUGGAUAUUGUAAAAACGGAGGAUCAUCGAAGAUGUACAAAGCAGAUGAAGUUCUUAAAGAAAUGGUGGGUAAAGGGAUUCAACCAAGUAAGAUAACCUAUAACACUCUCAUUGAUGGAUUUUGCAAGGAUAAUAAUAUUAAGGCAGCUUUAAAGAUUUUCUCAGAGAUGAAGGAGCAUCAGACAAAGCCAAACAUUGUGACAUAUAACACAUUGAUUAAUGGGCUUUGUGGGGAUGGAAGAAUUAGGGAUGCUUUGGACUUGCAGACUGAAAUGGCGAGGCUAGGGUUGCAGCCUAAUAUUGUUACUCAUAAUGCCCUUAUAAAUGGAUUUUCUAAAAACCAGAUGUUAGUGGAGGCUAGGGAGUUGUUUGAUCAAAUAAUGAAGAAGGGAUUAUUAGUUCCAAAUGUGCUGACUUUUAACUCUAUGAUGGAUGGUUAUUGUAAGGCAGGGAAGAUGGAGGAAGCAAUGCCUCUUUUUGACUUAAUGUUGAUCAAAAGAAUUCAACCUAACGUUUCAACCUAUAAUUGCUUGAUUGGGGGAUAUUAUCGGGUGGGUAAUCUUGAAAAAGCUAAAAUGAUGCUGGAUGAGAUGGCCCGCAAGGGAUUGAAGGCUGAUAUUGUCACGUACAAUAUACAGAUUGAUGCAAUGUGCAAGAUGGGUGAAUCAAGAAAGGCUGCUCGCCUGCUGGAUGAGUUAUAUGAGGAGGGCUUAAUUCCAAACCACAUAACGUACAAUAAAGUGAUGGCUGGCUAUUGCCAAGAAGGAAAUCCGAAGGCAGCUGUUUCUAUUAGGAGAAGAAUGGAAAGGGAAGGGAAAAAACCAAAUGUCGCAAGUUUCAAUGUACUGAUGAAAGGGUUUUGCUCCGAAGGUAAGCUGGAAGAGGCAAAUUCACUUUUGAAUGAGAUGCUAGAGAAAGGGUUGGCACCUAAUCGAACAACCUAUGAUAUAAUCAAUGGAGAAAUGAUUGAAAAAGGUUUUGUUCCUGAUAUAGAUGUACGUCUCUACAAUGAUGGAGGAGACUAACUUUCAGAGUGAUUGAUAUGGAGUUUGUUUUCUGCCCAAAGUGCGAAGAUACCUGGUAGGAUAUUUCAGUGAGUUGUGCAAAUGAUGAUGGUCUAGCCUUUUGCUGUUGCGACUUGCUUCAGGUCUAGUGCCCAAGUAAUCAAGUAUUAUGCAUGUAUGUAUGUAAACACACUGUAUAGUUGUGCGAGUGCGUGUGUGUGUGUGCAAGUUAAGUUUCACAUAAGAGUAAUUUUAGCAUUGUUGACUGAAAUAUGACUGUAAACACAGAUCAAUGGUUUGAACUUUGAAGUCUUCAUGACCGAAGCUGUUGGUAAGGACGGACCCAACCAUUUCCCUACACAAUAGGGGUGCGGCCAUUGAUCAUAAUUCUUAGGCUUAGAUUUGUUAUUGGUGAAAUCUGAUGUAAUUUACAAUUUUAAUUCCUAAUAUAUUCAUUCCACCUUUACUAAUA